AUGGCGCCCUUGGAAGGUCGCACAGCAGAUUGUCGGAAGACUCCACUCACCUCUCCAAGACGGGGCGACCUGCACCGGGAAGCUGAAUCUGAUGAAGAUUCGUCCCCAGCAACCAAGGGGGCCAUUAAACACAUGCUCCUGGAGAUGCGCCAAGGAAAUGGGGGCUAUACAGAACAAGCUCCAAGUGGUGGAGUAGAAAGGCAAUGCCCGGGAAGCCCAGCUGCAAGCCACUGA